AUGGUUGCUGCUGUUGUAUCUUCAGGGACAGCGGCGACCGCAGCGACAGCGUCAACGGACCCAACAGCAAAUGGGGCAGCAGUAGCAGCAGCAGCAGCAGCAGCAGCGACCCCUCCGACUCUGCUGCUUCGGGCUUCGUCGGCUGCUGCUGUGGCUCCCUUCGCUCCGUUGCGACUUCAACGCAGCAGCAGCAGAGACAGCAACAGAAGGAGAAACAGCAGCUGCAGCAGCAACCACACGGGCAGAAGCGACAGGAGCGGCAGCAACGGUGUGUCUCCACUGGUCUCUUCUUCAGCGGGAGAUUCUGCAGCUGCACCAACGGCAGCAGUUCCCUCCGGUUGCAGCAGCCGCAAGAAAGACAACGACAGCAGCAGCAACAGCAGCAGCAGCAGCAACAGCAACAACAAUGCUUUGAGCAGCAGCAGCAGUAACAGGGUAGAUGGUAGUGAAUCAUUUGGCCAACUCACUGCUGCAGCGUCUGCUGCACGAGUCGCAUCAGCAGCGUCUCCCUCAUGUUUGAGGGGGUUGCCUGGCGGCAGCAGCAGCAGCAACAACAUCAGCAGCUUCUGCAGCAGACAACGAGGGGCCUCUGCUUCCUUCGCUGCUACAGUGCGUGCCAGUGAGCGGCGGCUUAGGGGCAGCGAGCUGCCGUCCGAGAGCAGCAGCAACACCAGCGCAGCAGAAGCAGCAGCUGCCGGUGCUGCAGCAGCGCAGCUGCAGCAAUUUGCUGCUGCAUGGUGGGCUCUUCCGUCCGUAGACACCGUCUGCAGCAGCAGCAGCAGUAGCGCAGCAAUUUGCACCUCGUUAGAUGCUGAAGUUGCUGCUGCUUUAUUCCCUCAAAGCCCGCCGCUGCUGCUUGAGCCCCUCAUACCUGAGCAGCAGCAGCAGGAGCAGCAGGUAGAAGCAGCGGUGGCACAAGCAAUGCAAUCUCUCCCCUCCAUGUACAAGCAGCGGCAGCAACAGCUGCAUGCACUCGCGCUGCUGCAGCCUGAGGUGUACAGACACUGCACGGGGCUGCAAGAAGCAGCACAAAUAUAUGCGGAGAGCCUGCAGCUGCUGCAGCAGCUCUUCAAGCCCCAGCAGCAGCAGCAACAGCCAGUGUCUGAUGGAGCAGGGGCAGGAGCAGCAUCAGAAACCGGGCCGAAAACAGGAGCAGCAACAGCAGCACAACCACCAGUAGCACAAGCAACAGGAGCAGCAGAUAAUUCACAUGUAGCAGCUAUUCCUGAUAAAGAAACCUUAAGGCUUGCCCUGCUGCAGCUGCGUCAGCAGCAAUCCCGCUUGGUGGGUAAACUUAUGCGAGGUAUACGCGACUUUAUAGGGCCCCUAGCAGGAGGCUCUCUACGGGGCCCCUCGUGUGGGGGGCCCCCUAGAGGAUCUUCCGGGGGUGGAGGGCGACCACCAGGGACCUCUUGUGGAGAGUCUGGAGGAGGGGACUCCCCACAGGGGCCCCUGGGGAGCCCCUCUGGAGGGUUUGGUGGGCCCACAGGGGCCCCUCUGCAGGAGCCGAGUAGGAAGCAGCAGGCUGCGCUGCUGGCUGUUUGUGACAAAUUUUUGGAGGCAUUUUUUAGUGGUCGUGUUGCAGCAGAAAUGCUGAGGGAAAGGUGCAUUGGAGCUCUUGAAGGAUGGAACCCCACGGGAGCUGCGCUGCAGCCGUGUGUAGUGGAGUCUCUUGUACGACGAGCAGCAGCAAACGCCCAAGGGCUAGCCCGCAGCAGUCUUGGCGUUGCUCCUGCUAUUCGUGUCUUCCAGUCCUCCGUCUGCUGCUGCAGCAGCAACAGCAACAGCAACAGCAGCAGCACCAGCAGGUGCAACGGCAACAGCAGCAAACGUAGCAACAACAGCAAACGCAGCAACAACGGCACCAGCAUCAGCAGCAGCUGCGGAUCUUGCACGUGCCCCGGGGCGACGAGUAACUGCUCCUGCUGCAGCAGCAGCAGCACCAGCCUUACAUGCACCCCAGACACCCAAGUCGUCCGCUGUGCGCCAGCCUACGUUUACAGCGGCUGCUUUGAGCUUAUUAAGAAUGCCAUUGAGGCCACAGUGCAGCAGCAGCUGCAGCAGCAGUUGCAGCAGCAGCAGCAAAACCGGCCGCAUGCAAACCAGCAACAGCAGCAAGAGCAGCAGGAACGAGAAUGGGACUCGAUGCCUGUCCGCCGCACCAGGUGUAUAUUUAACUUGCCUUGUGUCGUCGAUCCCCAGCGUACAAGACAGCAGCAGCAGCAGCCGCCGCCGCAGCAGAGCCAUCAGCAGCAGCAGCAGCAGCAGCAAACGCACUUUACAAAUAUGCCGCCGGUGGAUAUACACCUUAUUUCCGUUGCGGAUUCUGGGAUUGUUAUUAAGGUGAGCGACAGUGGAGGCGGCCUUUGCAGGACGGAACAGCAAUUGGCGUGGCAGUUUUUGUACUCCACGCGAGCUGCGCCAACGGACAGAGAGGGAAAGAGACAGACAGGUGCUAGUGGCGGUGUCGCUAAUGUUGCAGGUGCUGUUGCUGCUGCAGGCGCUGCCCUGUUUUCUGGUUGGGGUGUGGGUCUCCCUUUGACGAGGAUAUAUGCUCGAGCACUCGGAGGAGACGCAUUCAUGGAGUCCAGAAUCGGACGAGGGACUAGGUCUUAUUUGUACGUAGCUAAUUUAAACAGCAGCACACCUACUGCGCAGCCGCAGACUUCAUUUGCUGCUGCUGUUGCGCCGCUGCGCUGCUGCAACCCUAUAUUUCGCGGGCGUCGAGGGCAGCAGCAGCAGCAACAGCAGCAGCGGCUCUUGGAGGACGACUAG